UCUGGCUAUUCCUAGUUGCCACUAGCUCGGCCUACUGAACUUGGCUGCGUGCCUUCACAAGCAAUGCAGGACGCUCCUGCGUGAUCAAGAGUUCCCGCGACCUGCAUUUCGCGGCUGAGGCCAGUCCGAAGUGAACCGAACGCCUGGUUGCGUUCCAGGACGUCCCUGAUAGUAUCAGAAACGCCGGCGAGCCGUCACCUCAGCACUACGCGCGGCAUUCCAUAACUACCUGCAAUUUUUCACCGCUGGUCCUGCAUGGCGUCGGCUCAGAAAGCGUCGGUGCCGCAGUGGGCGGGCCUGCGAGCCUCUCCGCUUGUGCCCUCGCCGCCUCGCAGCCUGAUCCAAGUCAGGCGCCCCAUCGCCACCAGGUUACGCCUCAUCGCGUCUGCCGACGUGCCCAACGACUCCAACGACAAUGUUCAGAACAAGAAAGAGAAUGUUCACCUUCCAACGAUCUCAUCCAUCCCGUCAUUCAUCACGCGCCGCGUCCUCGUCACCGGCGCGUCCAUCUUUGUCGGCGCCGUGUCCGGGCUCGUCGUGUCCGCGGGCGCGCUGGCCAACGAGCGCCGCCUGCUCGGACGCCAGGCCGUCCUCGAGAAGAUCCGCACGCUGCGCGAGGCCAAGCUCGCGGAAAAGGCAGCGGUGGAGAGCGCGGCGGUAAACCUCGCGGAGGAGCCUAGCGCUCCUGCUUUUGAGUCAACCGCCGCCGGGAACGAAGCGAGCGCGCAAGAUAACCUUCCUGUGAGCGAGGCGGCCGCUGGCGCUGGCGCUGGCGCUGGGGUAGGCGCAUUGCUUGACGCGGCUUCUGCUGGAUCAGGUGCUGCUGCUGCUGCUGGCGCGGACGCCACUGCUAUCGACGUCGUCACCAGUACUGCGGGAAGCGGCGCAGCGGCCGCUGCUGACGGCAGCGCGGGUUUGGCGAUCCAGUCAGCUUCGGGCUUGGACCUCGGCGUGGAUGACGGUGAGCUGGACGCUGACGUGGCGCCUGAAGUGACGCCGUCAGGAGACGUGGAAGAUGGCAUCGAGGCAGAUCCCGAGGCUGAAUCAGCAGUGGAAUCCGAGCCUGAGCCUGCGCCGGGGACUGAAACAGUAGCUGAUCCCGAAUAUGAGCCUGAGGCAGCAGCCGAGCCCGAGCCUGAGCCUGCCGCUGAGCCCGAACCUGAGGCAGCGGAAGAGCCCGAACCUGAGGCAGAAGCUUUGCCCGAGCCUGAAGCAGUGGCAGAGCCCAAGCCUGAGGCAGCAGCUGAGCCCCAGCCUGAGGCAGUGGCUGAACCCGAGCCUGAAGCAGAGGCCGAGCCCGGGCCCGAGCCCGAGCCUGAGGCAGCAGCUGAGUCCGAGCCUGAGGCAGCAGCUGAGUCCGAGCCUGAGGCAGCAGCUGAGUCCGAGCCUGAGGCAGCAGCUGAGUCCGAGCCUGAGGCAGCAGCUGAGUCCGAGCCUGAGGCAGCAGCUGAGCCCGAGCCUGAAGCGGCAGCUGAGCCCGAGCCUGAGGCAGUGGCUGAGCCCGAGGCAGUGGCUGAACCCAAGCCUGAAGCAGAGGCCGAGCCCGAGCCCGAGCCCGAGCCCGAGCCCGAGCCUGAGGCAGCAGCUGAGUCCGAGCCUGAAGCAGCAACUGAGCCCGAGCCUGAGGCAGUGGCUGAACCCGAGGCAGUGGCUGAUCCCGAGCCUGAGCCUGAAGCUGCAGUUGAGCCCAUGCCUGAAACCGUUGAGCCCGAGCCUGAGGCAGCAGCGGAGCCCGAACCUGAGUCUGAAGAAGCAGCUGCACCAGUGGAUGAGCCCGCGGGAGUGGCUGAACCCGAGCCGGAAACAGAAGCUAAGCCCGACCCUGAAGCAGAGGGCAAGCCCGAACCAGAAGCAGCAGCGGAGCCCGAGCCUGAGCCAGUGGCUGAACCCGAGUCUGAGCCUGAAGCUGCAGUUGAGCCUCAGCCCGAAGCAGCUGAGCCCGAGCCUGAAGCAGCUGAGCCCGAGCCUGAAGCAGCUGAGCCCGAGCCUGAAGCAGCUGAGCCCGAACCUGAAGCAGCUGAUCCCGAGCCUGAAGCAGCAGGGGCUGAGCCCGAGUCUGCAUCGGCAGGCGAGCCGGAGCCUGAAGCAACGGCUGAGUCCGAACCUGAAGAAGCUGCUGAGCCCGAAGCUGAGCCUGAAGCUGCAGGUCAGCCCGAACCUGAGGCAGUGGCCGAGCCCGAACCUGAGCCUGAAACUGCAGCUGAUCCAGAACCUGAAGCAGUGGCUGGGCCCGAACCUGAGCCUGAAGCUGCAGCUCAGCCCGAACUUGAAGCAGAAUCUGAGCCUGAGCCGGAGGCAGCAAGUGAGCCCGCACAAGUGCCUGAGGCCGAACGUGAGCUUGAAGCAGCAGACCCCGUGUUCGAACCUGAAGCAGCAGCUGAGCCCGAGCCUGAAGCAGCAGCAGAGCCCGAGCCUGAACUGGCACUUGAUGCAGUGGCCGAGCCCGAACCUGAAGCAGUGGUUGAGCCAGAGCCCGAGCUUGAGGCAGCACCUGAGCCCGAGCCCGAGCCUGAGGCAGGAGCAGAGCCUGAGCCCGAGCCAGAGGCAGCAGCUGAGCCUGAGCCCGAGCCUGAGGCAGCACCUGAGCCCGAGCCCGAGCCUGAGGCAGAAGCAGAGCCUGAGCCCGAGCCAGAGGCAGCAGCUGAGCCCGAGCCCGAGCCUGAGGCAGCACCUGAGCCCGAGCCCGAGCCUGAGGCAGGAGCAGAGCCUGAGCCCGAACCUGAGGCAGUAGCAGAGCCUGAGCCCGAGCCUGAGGCAGCAGCAGAGCCCGAGCCCAAGCCCGAGCCAGAGGCAGCAGCUGAGCCUGAGCCCGAGCCUGAGGCAGCACCUGAGCCUGAGCCCGAGCCUGAGGCAGCACCUGAGCCCGAGCCCGAGCCUGAGGCAGCAGCAGAGCCCGAGCCCGAGCUAGAGGCAGCAGCUGAGCCUGAGCCCGAGCCUGAGGCAGCACCUGAGCCAGAGCCCGAGCCUGAGGAAGUAGAAGAGCCUGAGCCCGAGCCUGAGGCAGCAGCAGAGCCCGAGCCUGAGCCUGAGGCAGCAGCAGAGCCCGAGCCUGUGCCUGAGGCAGCAGCAGAGCCCGAGCCUGAGCCUGAGGCAGCACCUGAGCCCGAGCCCGAGCCUGAGGCAGCAGCAGAGCCCAAGCCUGAGCCCGAGGUAGAAGCAGAGCCGGAGCCUGAGCCUGAGGCAGCAGCGGAGCCUGAGCCCGAUCCUGAGGCAGCAGCAGAGCCCGAGCCCGAGCCUGAGGCGGCAGCAGAGCCCGAGCCCGACCCUGAGGCAGGAGCAGAGCCCGAGCCUGAGCCUGAGGUAGAAGCAGAGCCGGAGCCCGAGCCUGAGGCAGCAGCGGAGCCUGAGCCCGAACCUGAGGCAGCAGCAGAGCCCGAGCCCGAGCCAGAGGCAGCAGCUGAGCCCGAGCCCGAGCCUGAGGCAGCACCUGAGCCCGAGCCCGAGCCUGAGGCAGCAGCAGAGCCUGAGCCCGAGCCUGAGGCAGCAGCAGAGCCCGAGCCCGAGCCAGAGGCAGCAGCUGAGCCCGAGCCCGAGCCUGAGGCAGCAGCUGAGCCCGAGCCCGAGCCUGAGGCAGCAGCUGAGCCCGAGCCCGAGCCUGAGGCAGCAGCAGAGCCUGAGCCCGAACCUGAGGCAGCAGCAGAGCCCGAGCCCGAGCCUGAGGCAGCAUCAGAGCCCGAGCCCAAGCCUGAGGCGGCAGCAGUGCCCGAGCCCGAGCCUGAGGCGGCAGCAGGGCCCGAGCCCGACCCUGAGGCAGUAGCAGAGCCCGAGCCCGAGCCUGAGGUAGAAGCAGAGCCGGAGCCCGAGCCUGAGGCAGCAGCGGAGCCUGAGCCCGAACCUGAGGCAGGAGCAGAACCCGAGCCCCAGCCUGAGGCAGCAGCAGAGCCUGAGCCCGAGCCUGAGUCAGCAGCAGAGCCCGAGCCCGAGCCAGAGGCAGCAGCUGAGCCCGAGCCCGAGCCAGAGGCAGCAGCUGAGCCUGAGCCCGAGCCUGAGGCAGCACCUGAGCCUGAGCCCGAGCCUGAAGUAGCACCUGAGCCCGAGCCCGAGCCUGAGGCAGCAGCAGAGCCUGAGCCCGAACCUGAGGCAGUAGCAGAGCCUGAGCCCGAGCUUGAGGCAGCACCUGAGCCCGAGCCCGAGCCUGAGGCAGCAGCAGAGCCCGAGCCUGAGGCACCAGCAGAGCCCGAGCCGGAGCCCGAGCCUGAGGCGGCAGCAGAGCCCGAGCCCGACCCUGAGGUAGGCGUAGAGCCCGAGCCCGAGCCUGAGGUAGAAGCAGAGCCGGAGCCCGAGCCUGAGGCAGCAGCGGAGCCUGAGCCCGAACCUGAGGCAGCAGCAGAACCCGAGCCCCAGCCCGAGGCAGCAGCAGAGCCUGAGCCCGAGCCUGAGGCAGCACCUGAGCCCGAGCCCGAGCCUGAGGCAGCACCUGAGCCCGAGCCAGAGUCAGCACCUGAGCCCGAGCCCGAGCCUGAGGCAGCACUUGAGCCUGAGCCCGAGCCUGAGGCAGCAGCAGAGCCUGAGCCUGAGCCUGAGCCUGAGGCAGCAGCAGAGCCAGAGCCCGAGCCUGAGGCAGCAGCAGAGCCCGAGCUUGAGCCUGAGGCAGCAGCUGAGCCCGAGCCUGAGCCUGAGGCAGUACCUGAGCCCGAGCCCGAGCCUGAGGCAGCAGCAGAGCCUGAGCCCGAGCCUGAGGUAGAAGCAGAGCCGGAGCCCGAGCCUGAGGCAGCAGCGGAGCCUGAGACCGAACCUGAGGCAGCAGCAGAACCCGAGCCCCAGCCUGAGGCAGCAGCAGAGCCUGAGCCCGAGCCUGAGGCAGCAGCAGAGCCUGAGCCCGAGCCUGAGGCAGCAGCAGAGCCGGAGCCUGAGGCAGCAGCAGAACCCGAGCCCCAGCCUGAGGCAGCAGCAGAACCCAAGCCCCAGCCUGAGGCAGCAGCAGAGCCUGAGCCCGAGCCUGAGGCAGCAGCAGAGCUGGAGCCCGAGCCUGAGGCAGCAGCGGAGCCUGAGCCCGAACCUGAGGCAGCAGCAGAACCUGAGCCCCAGCCCGAGGCAGCAGCAGAGCCUGAGCCCGAGCCUGAGGCAGCACCUGAGCCCGAGCCCGAGCCUGAGGCAGCACCUGAGCCCGAGCCAGAGGCAGCACCUGAGCCCAAGCCCGAGCCUGAGGCAGCACCUGAGCCCGAGCCCGAGCCUGAGGCAGCAGCAGAGCCUGAGCCUGAGCCCGAGCCUGAGGCAGCAGCAGAGCCCGAGCCCGAGCCUGAGGCAGCAGCAGAGCCCGAGCUUGAGCCUGAGGCAGCAGCUGAGCCCGAGCCUGAGCCUGAGGCAGCACCUGAGCCCGAGCCCGAGCCUGAGGCAGCAGCAGAGCCUGAGCCCGAGCCUGAGGUAGAAGCAGAGCCGGAGCCCGAGCCUGAGGCAGCAGCGGAGCCUGAGACCGAACCUGAGGCAGCAGCAGAACCCGAGCCCCAGCCUGAGGCAGCAGCAGAGCCUGAGCCCGAGCCUGAGGCAGCAGCAGAGCCUGAGCCCGAGCCUGAGGCAGCAGCCGAGCCUGAGCCCGAGCCUGAGGCACAAGCAGAGCCCGAGCUCGAGCCUGAAGCUGCAGCUGAGCUUGAGCCUGAGCCUGCAGCAUCAGUAGAACCCGAGCCUGAGCCUGAGGUAGCAGCUGAGCCCGAGCCCAAGCCCUUGGCAGCAGCAGAGCGCGAGGCUGUGGCAGCAGCUGAUGCAUCUGCUGCUGUUCCUGCGGAUAUCGCAGUAGAGGAAGCCAUUGAUGAGAUUCUGCAAAUCAUUAAGGACUCGCUCAAGGGGUAAGGGGUGGGGUGGGGAUGCUGCUGGCUUGGAGGGGAAGCAGUGAGUGCGAGCCAGGAUGCGUCCGAUGAUCAAUAAGUAGCACAUGGUGGUAUGCGCCAGCGUGGAAUGAUUUAUGGCGCAUGAGGAGCAUCCAGUGUAGAAGUGUGUCUCUUGGUUCUAGUGCCGUAGCCUACUUGCUUACUUCUUCGUUGUGGCUUUCGGAUUCUGCUGCCUGCUGGUUUUUUUUUUCUUGUCCUGCCCUUUUCGUUUUUGCUUUUGCCUGUGUGCUUUGCUUGUUCAUGAGAUAGGUGCUCAAUUCUAGAAUGAUGUCCAUCCAUGCAACAUGCAUAAAACUUGAGGUGUUCA